AUGCCAAGACCAAAAAAAAGCCGUAUUAAUAAAGAUCGUUCUAAUAUUACCGAAACUGGUCCUAAAACUAGAGAUUUAGUUAAAUGUAAUUGCAUGUUAUGUUGCCACGAUAGUAAAUGGGUAGAUCCUAGAAUAUUUGAAAGACAUCAAAAUGAAUAUAAUAAAUAUCAGACAAUGGCUUCUGAGUCUUAUAAAUCUUCUCAAUCAAAAAAUCCAAAAGAAAAAGAAAAAGAAAUCAUACCAGCUAAAGAAAACCAAACUUUAACUUAUAGUUCUUCUAAUAAUGAUAAUGAUUAUACACUGAUUGAUAUACCAAAAAGGAAAAAAUGA